AUGCUUUUGACUCAAUGGCUCGCCUUUGUAGCCAGCGCGACUGUGGUUACGGCGGCGCCGGCCCCUGCUGCGGGUUCCGGUGACAUUGUAAUCACGGCAGACGAUGUCGUCCUUCACGGAAAUGGCCGCAUCCAGGUCAUGAAGCGCUCAGAGUUCAAGGGGCUUUUUGGCGACUACCACGCUAUUCUGGCAAACCAAACGCGCCACGAUGCCAACAAGGUCGAACACACUGAGGCGCAAUUGAACGAAUUGAAACGCAAUGCUAAAACGAAGCGCGACGACCGGGUCAUCCUCAUUCCUGGAAGAACGGACAAGUUCCUCGACUAUGACGUCCAAAUGAGCCAGAUUGUCAAGGGCAUCGCAGGCACUGGUACCAGGAUUACCAUAGCCUCUGGCUACUCAAUCACCAACAGCCUUAGUAUCAAUGGCGGCGCAGAGUUUAAUUUUGUCGAAGACUUUUUUUCAGCGAGCGUGGACUUGACCAUGACUUGGGAGACUACAAGCACGCAAUCACAGUCGUUGUUCGCCGAUGUGCCGCCAGGCAAGUUCGGCUGCUGGGUCAGCAACCCGUUAAACACGCGCACCUACCUCAACAUCUGGAAAGGCCAGAUUGGAAGCCCCGGCUCGCUACAAGAAGUCUAUGUCAACAAGUUUACUUCAAGGCAGUAUGAAAACCUGGCCUGGGUCGAUGGUCUUCUUCAGCUGUGUAUCGGCGACCAGUCGCCCCUUCCAAGAUGCCUUGGGACCGGUUUCCUAUGA